AUGGAACACGGAGAAGCUUCAAAUACAGGCAUGGAAGAUGGAGAAGCUUCAAAUAACCUUUCGGAAAAACUACCAAAAAGGGUCCUCGGCGAUGGUUGCUACCCCAUUGGUGCUCGGUUGAACAUAUAUUCAAAGGUCAAUGUCAUUGGCCUCCUUGUCGAGGCGUUAAAGGGUACUGAAGAUCUUGAGAAGCUACUUCAUUCCCAGUUUGGGAAUUUAUUCCAUCUACCUGUUGCAAGAUGUUGCAACAGCGCCAAACUAGUCCAUGCCCUUCUAUCACGACAACUUGUGACCAUGAAGAAACACGAGAUUUGGUUCCUCUUUGGUGGACAGCCUCUGAGAUAUUCGAUACGGGAGUUUAAGGAAAUCACUGGAUUGAAUUGCAAUCCCGAACCUGAUAGCACAGAAGAAGAAGAAGAUGUCGGAAAGACAGGAAUCUGGAAAGACCUGUUUGGAAGAGCGACCGCUAUGAACGUGUUUGAUGUGCUUGAAAUGUUAAAGGACCCGGAUCUACCCCGAUGGAAAAGGCUACCAUUGGCCCUAAUCGACGGUGUUCUCUUUUGCAAUAGCAAAAAUCUAGCCCUCACCGAGAAAUACGUUGAGAUGUUGACUGACUUGGAUAGGUUCAUGUUGUAUCCAUGGGGGAGGGUAUCCUUUAACAAAACAGUAUCUCGUUUUCAAGCUCCGAAGGCAAUCACAGAUGCCGAGAAAAGGGAGAAUCCUUUAACACGAUUGCGUCGUCAACUUAAACAGAAAACCAGUGCAUGCUACGGAUUCCCUCUAUCACUACAACUCAUGGCCCUCCAAUCUAUACCAAUGUUGGUUUCCAAAAUUCCUCAACCUGAUACCUUGAAGACUUUCAUUGAAGAUCCCGAAGGUUUUCAAAACGUUAUCACACUAUUACAUCUUGGGGACAUACUUGCCGUGGAAUCCGACCCUCUGUUGUCUGUGAAACAGAUAGUAGUGGAUGAUGGUGACAAUGACCAACAGAAUGAAUUGCGUUGGGGAGAUGAGGUAGAGGAUGCCGAAGUUGCAUUCAUGCAGGAAUUCAUGGCCGAGGGGUACAAAUUCACACCUUCGGAUUUUGCAGUGGCACCGGCACCUAUCGUGGAUCUUAGUGAUGCAGAGGACGAGGAUGACGAAGGACAGAAUCGAAAAAAAGGUGGUGAAAAACCGGAUGAAGAUGAAGACGAAGACGAAGAUGGAGGUGAAGAAGGAGGUGAUGAUGGUGCACAGUCUAGCGUACGCCAUGAUGAUGGUGUACACCCCCAAGGUGGUGUACACCAGAAAGAAAGAGAUGAUGAAGAAGGGACCUCUACUUACUACGGCGGGGACCAUUAUUCUCCCAGGGACCAUGCGUACUUGAAGACUCCAGAAGCUCCGACGAAGACCUCUGAACCUGAACAAGCCAAUUCAGGAACAACUCGUCCACCUACUUACUUCGUCUAUCCGGAUGAAGAUCCACCUUCUGGCCCCAACGAGGUGGAUGGUGGUCGAACAAAUUUGGGGUCAGUCACCUUAGUAGUCUACAAACCUCAGACUGCUCACCCAUUGAGCUACGCAUAUAAGAAAAAUGAAGCGCAGACAGAUGCACAGGCUGUGGCUAAUGAGGAGGACUCAAAUGCGGCGAAAGAUUACCAUACUACGCCUGAGGAUGCAAGUGAUGCUUCGCAGAAGACCCCUUCUACUCCAAAACCCCCACAAGAACACAUGCAAGUCAUAAUGGCCAUGCUUUGGAGACGUAGAGGUGAAAUAUACUUGAAAGACAGGAUAGCAUUUGUAGACACCUUGUUCAUAUCCAUCAUCGGCAACUACUACAACGGUUUCAUAUCUGGAGACAAAAAUCAGUAG